AUGUUAACCGAGAUCACUUUGGGAUUACAAGCCUGUUUGAGAGUUUCUAGACUGAAGGAUGAAGGACUGUAAGUUGCCUUUGCUAUUAGUUUUACUUAUUGAAAGUAACAUUAAAUUAAUAGUAGGAAUAAAUAUUGGUCAGGCUAUACUGUAAUAUGUUAAUUUCAGAGUGACCGGAGAGCAGAUCUCCUUAAUCAAACGAAAUUCUUGUGGAAAAUCGUUGGAAAUUGCGAGGAAAGCUCGCGACAUAUUGGGUGGAAAUGGAAUUGUGGACGAAUUUAAUGUAAUGAGACACUUGGUGAAUCUGGAGUCCGUCAAUACCUACGAAGGUACCCACGACAUCCACGCGUUAGUUCUCGGACGCGCUAUUACUGGUCUACAGGCGUUCAAGUAG